CGGGCAGCGCCCCGCAAAAGGGAGCCCGGGCGUCGCCGAGAGAGACGGUGGGACCCAGGCGUCCAGAGCCGGCCGCCACCAGCGGGAAGGGACCCAGGCAUCCGGGCGGUGGCGCCGAGACGGGGAAGGCCCCAGGCGUCCGGGACGCCGCAUGGACACGUGGGGAAAAAGGACCCAGGCGCCCGGGGCAGACCCCUCUCCUGGCAGGCAUGCCCCACCCCGGAUCUGACACCCCCACUGCCAUGGAAGAAGCACCUCCAGACUCUGGAGCUGUGGGGGAGCCUGCUCCUGUCCCCCCAGAACCCCCUGACACCCCCUGCCUGGGGGAUGCAGGGGAGGGGCCGGAGCCAGGGGUGGGGCUGCCCGAGGCGGGGCCGGGAGAAGAGGAGUAUUACCUGCCAGCCUAUGACUUUGGGCGCCCCCCUGUGCUGCUGACAGGCGCCUGGGCCGAGUAUGGCCACGUCCCUGAGAACUUCCUCAAGGGCUGCAAGUGGGCUCCGGACGGCUCCUGCCUGCUGAGCAACAGCGCCGACAACACCUUGCGCAUCUAUGACCUGCCGCCCGAGCUGUACAGCCCCACAGGGGGGCCUGCUGCUGAGAUGAGCCCAGUGCUGUGCAUGGCCGAGGGCGACACCAUCUAUGACUACUGCUGGUUCCCGCUGAUGAGCUCGGCUGAGCCGUCCACCUGCCUCGUGGCCAGCAGCUGCCGGGACAACCCGAUCCACGUGUGGGAUGCUUUCAGUGGGGAGCUGCGGGCCACAUACCGCUGCUACAACCACCUGGACGAGCUGACAGCCGCCCAUUCGCUCUGCUUCACCCCGGAUGGGGCCCAGCUCUUCUGUGGCUCUGACAAGACUGUGAGGGUCUUCGACACUGAGCGCCCAGGCCGGACCUGCGAGGUGCGGCCCACCUUCGCGAAGCGGCAGGGCCAGAGCGGCAUCGUGUCGUGCAUUGCCUUCAGCCCAGUGCAACCUGUCUAUGCGGCCGCCUCGUACGCACGCACGGCGGCACUCUACGCCCGGGCUGACGGUGCCCCCCUGGCGCUGCUGCAUGGCCACUGUGGCGGCAUCACCCAUCUGCUCUUUGCGCCCGAUGGCCAGCGCCUCUUCACUGGCGCCCGCAAGGACCCCGAGGUGCGGGUGUGGGACCUGCGGCAGCCAGGCCGGGUCCUGGUGUCACUGCAGCGCCGUGCAGCCACCAACCAGCGCAUUUACUUCGACCUUGACCCGAGCGGGCGGUACCUGGUGAGUGGUGACACGAGGGGGCUGAUCUGUGCCUGGGACACGGCACAGCCCCCCCCUGGGACCCCUGAGCCCGUGCUGGAGCCGGCCCUCACCUUCCAGGCUGUACCCGACUGCGUCAACGGUAUCAGCCUGCACCCCAGCCUGCCGCUGCUGGCCAGCACCUCGGGGCAGAGGGUCUUCGCGGCACCAUGGGACAGCAGUGACGACGAGGAUGGGGGCUCCCUGCCCCCCUGCUCCCACAAUGCCUUGCAGCUGUGGUGGUGCGCCAUCCCAGGCGGGGGGCAGGAGGCCCAGCCUGACCUGUGACCUGCCCCCCUCCAGGCUUGGACAUGAUGGUGGGGGUCUCACUGCUAAGGUUGGCAGGGAAUGUGGGUGCUCCCCCCCAGAUGCCUGGGUUCUCUGUGUGUGUGCGUGCAUGCAUGUGCAACACUUGGGUUCUGUGUGUGCGUGUCCCAGACACCACCUGGGUCGUUGUGUGUGUACAACACUACCCCCCACUGGUGUUAAUUGGGGGGGAGGUGUGUGUGUGUGUUUUCCAGACACCUGGGUUCUGAGUGUGUGUGCCCCCAACUGGCAUUCAUUGGGAGGGGAGAGAGUGUGUGCAUGUGUGUAGGGGAUUAGGGGGAGAUGUAGAUAGGUGUGUUUGUCAGGACAGGGAGCUGUGCACUCAUGGAGGAUGGCUGGAAAGGAUUGUGUGUGCGUGCAUGCCAUCACACGUGUGCGAGUGAGCAAGCCAGGGAUCAUUGAGACGUGUGUGUGUGUGUGUGUGUGUGUGUGUGCGCGCGUGCGCACACAUAGGUUAUAUUCAGUGAUGAUUGUGUGUGUGUGUGUGUGUGUCUGUGCACGCGCAUAGGUUAUAUUCAGUGAUAAUGUAUGUGUGUGCAUGCAUAGGUUAUGUUCAGUGAUAGUGUGUGUGCGCGCACGCAUAGGUUAUAUUCAGUGAUUGUGCGUGUGUGUGUGUGUGCACGCAUAGGUUAUAUUCAGUGAUGAUAAGUGUGUGUGCACGCAUAGGUUAUAUUCAGUGAGGAUAAGUGUGUGUGUGGCAUACAGCAUCCAUUACAGCAUGGGUGUGUAAUGUGUAACAUACCCACACAGUAUAACGUUAGCCAUCCUUGUGUGUGUGCGCACAGAUGCGUGCGUGACACACAUACACACAUUGAAUAAAGUGAUGCCUAUAUGUAUAUACAUGGGGGUGUAACAAGCGUGUGCACACACAUGUUAGCUAUACACGGGUGUGUGUGGAUGUCAUGCACCCAUACACGCACUGAAUUAAGUGAUGCCUGCACCUAUAGGCAUGGGGGGGGGAUGUAACAAACACACACAGUAUAUAACAUGUUAGUCAUCCCGAUGCGUGCACACAUGGGGGUGUGUUUGUGUCAUAGGCACAUACGCACACUGAAUAAAGUGAUACCUGCACCUAUAUGCAUGGGGGGGGGUGUAACACAACCCCCCCAGUUGAAUGGGGGGGUGUAUCUCACUUCAUCUGGGGUGUGUGUGUUCACAAAUUGAUGUAUUGCAUGCACAUACAUUUAAGCGUUACUCAUACUUUUGUGUGUGUGUGUGUGUGUAGGGGGGGCUGCCCCCCCCCACCUCCCUGUUUUUUUUGUAGCUCAUUUUUAUUACAUGGAUUUUGGACCCCA